AUGUCGGACUCACUUCAUGUGUUUAUGGACAGUGUUUUUCAUCUAACGGGAUAUUUACAUAGACUACUUUUCUUGAUGAAAGAACUUGACAAAAAGGAAUAUGACAUUAAUAAAACGAUUCAAGAAAAAGAAGAAUUAUAUUUAGAAAACUUAAACUAUAUUCAUAAGGUUAAAUUAGAAAAAUACUCUAACAAACAUAAUAACAAUGUAGAGUCGAAUGCAGAAUCGGACUCCCUCAAUGAAUAUGUAAGUAGGAAUAACGGUUCGUCUACUGCCGCUGUUGCUAUGAAUGUAAUGAUAGAACAAGACAAAGAUGGAAAUAAACGAGAUGUUCUCCUUGAUCUAUCCAAAAGUGAUCAUCAUUUUUCUGAAAAAAAAAAUAAAGGAAAAACGGGAUCAAAUGAAGGAAGUGUAAACACAGAAGAUAUUACUAUACAAAGGAAGAAGAACAAAAAUUGUAAUAAUGAAGCAACAUCCAUAUCUUCUUAUGUCAUAUUAAAAGAAAAUGCACAGAAUAAAAAAGAUAGCGCUGUUAUGGGUGAUAGUCUUGAACCUUCAGCUGCAUUGCCUACCUUGGGUAUUGAUAACUACUGUAAUGCAAAAACAAAUGUGAAAUUAGUUAUUGUAAAGGAGGAAAUACUGGAUGAGUAUGGAAAGGACGAGGUACAGGUGAAGUCCGAAUAUGCCAGUCACGUGGAUAACUACGACAAUAACGAUGACGGUAAUAACGAUAGAGGUAAUAACACUAGCGGUAAUAACACUAGCGGUAAUAACACUAGCGGUAAUAACACUAGCGGUAAUAACACUAGCGGUAAUAACAUUAGCGGUAAUAACAUUAGCGGUAAUAAUAAUCGUUAUAGGGAGGGAGAAACGAAAGGGGAGUAUGAUAGUGUAGCAAGUACGGGUUCACAAAAAGUGAGAUCAUUCGAAUCAGCGUUAAACAGUAGUGAACAUAGAAAAGUUAAAAAAGAGAGGGAACAUAAAAACAAUAGGGAACAAAAUAACAAUGCGACUACCUUGACUUACAUAAAAAUGGAGGAACACACACACAAAGGUAAUUCCGAUGAUGAAGAAGGUACAUGUGAGAUUAAGAAACCGCGUACCGUAUUUAAUGAAACAGAAUUAAAUGAAUACCUAAACGAAAUCAUGCAUGAUAGAGAACAGUGUAUGGCAUUGUUAAGAGAAAAAAUAUGUAUAAACAAUCAAAUAUCGUAUAUGAUAAAAAAUAAUUAUGAAAAAUUAAAAAAUCAAUAUGAUAAAUUAUUUACUGAGAUGGAAAUGAAUGGGGAAACACCUCCAUACUUUUACAAUUCAAGCAAAAGUAAAAAUCUUCAUUCUGAAAUGGAAGAACAUAAUAAUUUGAAGUAUCGUAGUAGCUACACAAACGGAGCCAGUGCAACUGCAACUGCUACUGCUACUGCUAAUGCUAAUGCUAAUGCUAGUGGUAAUGCCAGUGCGAGUGCUACUGCUAACGCGAACUCUACUUUUAACUUUUCCAGUACCAACUACCAGUACGAUUUAUUCGAUUUGGAAAGAACGAAAGAUGAUGAAAAUGACAAUGCUACAAGUAAAAGCACAGGCAGAAAACAUUCAGUAAAGUAUGAUGAGGAGUAUAACCCAUAUAAUGCAGAAAAAAAUAAGAGGACGAAAAAGGCAAAAAAAAGCAAGGCACAAAAUAGUCUCACCAGUAAGCUUCGAAAAAACAUAAGUGAUAAGAAUGAGCACAAUAGUGGUAAUAGCGGAAAUGAAGGAAAUAUUGCAAAUAAUAUUAGUGGCAAUAAUAAAAUGAAGUCAAACCAACAAACUGACAAAAAUAAAUACUCAAACGAAACGAAUGUAACCGCAUUAAAUGCAGAAAAUAAGGACAACACUGUGGAUCAUACAGGAAGUAACUGCACUAGUGAUCCUUUAAAGGAGAAUUCUCCCUCAUUGGAUAUGCCAAAUAAAUAUGAUGAAAAAAAAAGAAACGAAGAUUAUAUUAAGUAUGAAAUGGGAAAACCAAAAGAUGACAACUGUGUAGGCAGUUCAGAAGCUAGGGAUGCAUAG